AUGGAGGCCACAGGCGCGCCGCAAGCUGUAGCCGACGAGUUCAUGCGACGGACAGGGCACGAUGUCAACGCGGCGGUCGCGGCGUUCCUCGACGAGGCGGGCUCGGCAGGUAUGGCCGCAGACGGCGAUGCUGCCGAUCCACCGUCAUACGCCUAUGUCGGUGCUGGCGGUGGGGGAUUUGUUGCCGAUGACGCCGAGGCGGCGGUCGACAAGCUGCUUGCCCAGGCCAAACCUCCGCCGCCUGGCGCCCGCGCCGAAGGCGAGCCAGGGACCAAGCCGGCGGCGCCUGCGCCGUUCUCAGGACGCGGCUACACGCUUGCCGGCGGCGGAACGGAUGAUGCUGGCGAGAGCAGCACAACGAGACCGGCGGCUGCACAUCAUGGUGGUCCAAGCGCUGGGGCUGACCUUGGAACAAGCCGCUCGCUCGAACUGACAUUCUACGCCAACGGCUUUGUCGUGGUUGUCGUCGACGAUGGUGGUGGCGACAAGAGCGAGCCCGAGUUCUUUGCCUUUGCAGACGCCGGGAAUAAGGCGAUGAUGGAGACUCUGGUUGAAGGGCGGGUUCCCCAACCGAUUGCGGAGCGAUUGUAUCCGUCGGGCACCCGACCGCCUCCGCGAUCGGACGCACCCGUGCCGAUUGUUGUGACCGACGCGCGGCCGGCCGAGUACGAGCCGCCGCCGCCGCCGGCGUACGUUGCGUUUUCGGGCUCAGGGCAGACGCUGGGUGGCAGCGCGAGUGUAGGCACGGCUGCGGCUGCGGCUAUGGACGCCACGCCAGGCAACGCCGCCAGCCUAGUUGGUCUUAUCACCGGUCUGCUGUCCUCGAUCUGGGCAUCCGUGGCUGCGCUCCUCGCGCCGCAGGCUGGCCCGCUCCAGCCAGGCGGCACGUCGUCGGCAGCACGCACACCACCGCAUCAGGAAGCAGCGCAGCCUGCAAGCCCGCUUGUCCAGCCUGCUCUGCCUCUACCUGCUGGUGAGGUUGUCCAGAUGCGGGUUGCUGCGCCGUCGCGGCCCGGUCCGCCGGUGACGAUCCGGAUGGACGCCGAGCGUGACACGGUGAACGGGCUGUUUGCGGCUGUGGCACUUGCCAUGCAAUCGGAAGUGUCGAGUGACUUUAGAUUGUCGGUCGGAUUCCCGCCGACAACGCUGCAACCCUCCGACACUCCCUUGGGGGAGGUGGAGCCAUCGCUCAAGGGAGCGUCCAUUCGCAUUCUCGAGUGA